AUGGCUGCAGUCACCGAGGCCACGGCCAAGCGCUUCUUCUCAUCUCCCCUGUUUGCGGUUGUGGGAGCUAGCUCCAACCCCGCCAAAUUUGGUCAUAAAGUUCAUGCCUGGUAUUUGAGCCAUGAUCUGCCCGUCAUUCCCAUCAACCCAGCGUCCAAGACCGUCACGGUGAAUGACGAGGAUUAUCCUACGGUACCGGAUGUGAAGUCACUACCGAAGCCGACGGAAACGUCCGUCUCCAUCAUCACUCACCCCGGCAUCACCAUCAAUGUCCUCAAGGAAGCCAAGAGCGUCGGCAUUCCUGCAGUCUGGCUGCAACCCGGCACUUUCGACCAGGAUGUUCUGGAUUUCGCCCUGGCUGAUGGAACUUUUGAAGCCGUCGUCUACGGAGAUGGAGGCCGGGGCUCUGAGGGUUGGUGCGUACUUGUUGAUGGUGGAAAAGCUUUGAAGGAUGCUGGAAAGCUGUAG